AUGAAUUCAUCUGUAUCACUUUACCCCCCAAACACUUUAUACCAACCACACCAACAAAAACAAUUCCAGUCCUCACAUUAUUACCCAUCGCUGGCAAACUAUAACCAGUUUCAGCAACAACAGCAACAGCAACAGCAACAUCAACAAUAUCCACAAUCUAAAAAUAAUAAUCAACCUUUGAGAUCAACUGAAUACCCACCACAACAAAUCCAACAAUUUAAUAAUAUCUCAAAUUAUAACAAUAAUAAUCAUAACAACAACAAUAAUAAUAAUAUCUACCAACAACAUCAACAACAAAAUGGAGAGAACCAAAAGAUUAUAGAUAUCAAGGACGAACCACAUUUUAAUGACUUGUUGGUACACAAUUUAGUAGCAUUUCAAAAACUACAACCCCAACCAAUUCCAGAGUACUCAAAGAGAUUUGUAAAGGAUAAUUGUAAAUAUGCACCAUUUGAAAUUGGAACACAUUCCGAACCAAUUCACCUUCCUUCAAUGAAUGGAGCCAGUAUGGAUUUUGCAAAGGUCAUCUACAACUGUGACGGUACUGUAAAGACUGUCAACAAUCCAAAAGACAAGACAUACAACCAUCCCGAAUCAUCAUCUCUGGAAUGUUGGAAUUUCUCUGGUUCAAGUACAUCUAGAAUCUACCAAGCACUCAACAAAAGAUCUGAAUUCCACAAAAACACAGCUCAUACUCGAGUCAUCUUUGUCAAAAAAGUAUUUUCUUGGUUGGCAACUCAUGACCGUGAAUACUUGGCUAAUCACAAAACUGUCGAUCUAGUCACUGCCAUCUCUGAUAUUUUAAAUAUGAUUAUUAGUUUAAUCGAAUUACAUAGAGCUCCUCCCUUUCUUUUGUAUCUAAUUAUUCAUGCUGCUGAUCGAUUUGUUGAAAGAACCGGAAUUAAUCAUCACCAAAUUUUCAAUUUAUUAUUAACAAGUGGAAUUGUAAAUUUAAAGUUUUGGAAUGAAGGUUUAUAUAUUCAAAACAAAACCAUUGCAGAUAUCUUUUCAUUCAAUGUUAAGGAUUUAAAUACAAUGGAAAGAAGAUUCUUAUUUGGACUUGAUUAUAAUCUUUGUGUUACAGAAGACCAAUUAUCAAAUUAUAUUGUUCAUAUUAAAAAUCAAUCCCUUUCCAAUAUUCAUCCAAUCAUGUUACAAAGACCACAACAACAACAAAAGAAAAAUACAUAA